CGUGACUACACUAGCGGACGUAUAGAUGAUCUAUCCUUUUCAAGUCCAAAGCGUCUGCGUCUUCUUACUGGUGGUACAAGAGGUGUCAGCGCUGUGUCGACGAAAUGUAUCAACUCCUUGUUAGCACCAUCGUGCUCAUGUUCUUCGAUUAUGGAAAUGAGGGCCAGGUACAGAAGGGAUGAGGCUACCUGUACUGAACCUGCGUCUGUACACAUCAAAACGAAACACAAGCAAGUGGUUAACAACAUGUCGAUGUUUCCCUUUUCAGGGACGACUGCGAGCGAGAUCGUGUACCCAUCUCUCGUGGAAGGCAGAGACUUCAAUGGAAACAAAGUGGUCCGCAUCAACGAGGACUUGACGCCUUUUGAGGACUUGACGGGCCUUUUUCGGAUGAUGCCGGGCAUGGUGAAGAAAGCGAUAAACUGAAGUGAACGCUGCUAUCUUCAGUCUACACGAAGACCCCGAGCAUUUGUCGUCCGUCCUAGUGCACGAGCUACAACAUGGUGUGCAAUUGCGUGGCCUCCUGACACCAUCUCUUUACAUCGAGCCUCUCUAUGAGAUGGAACGCUCCGGCAGUGGGUGAAUGGCACACAAAAUUUACAGAGUACGCAAGGAUAUUCCGAUAGGAACAAGGUGGACUGGAGCGGAUGUGUCAGGUAGGAAUCUCAUCAUACUAAAUACUUGGCGCUGCGUAUAAGAACAUUAGUAAUUCAUUGAUACGAAUUAUGUUGACGCUGGUGCUGCUUCUAUAGCCCAUAAGAGAACUUCUUGAGAGAUAUUACUCUUCGUCGUUUGCUUUUUGUUCGGCCGUUAGAGCGACCCUACCAAAGGCCCUGAGUUGCCAGUGACUGUUCCGGUGGAUGUGGCUGUUGUUUGCACCGCCGAGCACCGCAAAGAGUUCAAGAGUGAUGAAGAAGACGCGGCCUAUGUGGUAGUCUUGAUGAGAUCGGUUUCUCUGAGGUUUACCGGCAUGAUACCCAAAAUAAAGUUCAGGCUCGUGGGGCUGCACCGAGCUACGCAAAACGAAACUGACCACUUGUGUGGAAUCAGGACGCGAGUAGGAGGGCUCAUCGACUAUUCCUUUGUAACGGUGGACGGUGAACUAACCCUUGAGAGGCUGAGAGCAUUUUUUAACAACAGCAUCAGUGAUACCCAUCCAAACCCGCACAUUGUAUAUUUGAUGACAAAGUAAGUAACAUAAUACAAGUGUCACACUUGGAAUAAAUCGCAUGGAAAUGUCUAUCCGAGAAACUCGAUAUGCGCAUAUUGUUACAAGGAAGCCAAUAUUAUGGACGUCUAUAAAGAAAUCAACAUGACAUAUUACGUUCCAGGCAUGGCUUAUCAAGGUGGAGUCUGCACGGACCACAACGUCGGCAUCGGUUGGGACGAUGCCAAAUACUACCUCGGCAUAGAGCCAGCGGUACGGGUGCUGGCACACUUCCUCCACAGGAUACAAAAUUGUAAGAUUCCCCAAUGAGGACAACCAGGUGGCAGUCGUGCCAUCCACAUGGGUGGUCGGCACAGACUGUUUUUGGCCGCCAGAGAAGGAGGAGAAAAAGGUGGGAUUCUAUGUAAGGAAAAACAAGCCCCCUGGAAUGCACUGGCGGUUUCUGGAGUGUGAGGAAAUGGAAGCAUAUGAAAGCUAUGAGGAGGCACGAAAAAUGCUCCCUAUUGCCACAAACACCUCUGACCUCAAUGGUGAGCUGGAGUAUGGAAGGGGAAAAAGACGCAGAGUCAGAAGGUUGCUGUCGGACGAUGAUAGCCCUCCGCCUGUCACACCUCCCCGCCGCCGCCAACCAACAUGCAAUGAAGGCCAUGCAGCAAGCGAAAGGCACACCCAAAGGAGGAAGCAUCUUCCUGAACUUUCAGAUGAGGAGUACUCACUACCUGCAACCCCUCCUCCUCCUCUUCGUAAACAAAAACGUGAUAGCUACAAUGCACGAAAUGUGUUGAAUUUUCACACAUCCACUAGCCAGCCCUUGUCCCCCGUCAUAAGACACACAAAGGAUGUGCAGCGUUCAAGCUCCCAGUCAAGCCUAUUUCAUUUGGGAGGUUCAAGUAGAGAAGGCAGACAGAGUACAAACUGGAAACCUGCCAGCAGAAUGUUUGGAAUAUCUGCUGAGUUGCCAACUAGCCAGUCAAACCUUCGUGAAUUGGACUGCAGCAAUGAGUCUGGAAAACCCAGCAGUGACGGUGAUGAAUCACCUGGAGCUUCGGAAAUCUGCGCGCCUGGAAGAACACAAAACUUUUCUGGAAAAAGGUCCUCCGCACUUCUUAAGUGCACAGAGUCAAGGCCUCCUGGGAGUUGCACCACUUCAUUUGCACAGCCAUCAACCAACACCCCAGAGUUCGAGAAGAAAGUGUUGCGCAGCCUCCACAUCAUGUCAUUGCGGCUUCUAGAGCACUCCGACCAGCUGGACAUAAUGUUGUCAUAUUUGCAAGAACCCAAAGAGACAGACGAGUCAAACAUCAUUACACGUCCAUUUGUUGAUGUUGAAAGUUUCGUGAAGUUUGAUGAAGAACUGCAACACUCUCACAAGAAAAAGGAACAGCUGCAGCGACAGAUGAUAAAAAUUGGGGGCACAAGCAGUGGAGACAGAGCCAGACGCAUCCUCUACAAAAUAAUUGCAGAUGAGGUGGCCCAGCAAUUCAACUGGACAGGGGCAGGUGGCAAAAUGAAGUUCAGUUCAUUAGAGUGCUGCAACGUGAUGUGUAGUGCUAUCAGCAAAGCAACAAAUGAAGGGACACUCGCCGAAGCAGAGAAAGCAAUACAAACGUGGCUGAGGCAUGCACGCGAAAGGCUGAGCAAGAAAGCAGCAAAACAGCGUACAGCAUAGUGGUUCUACUCCUCCAACCUCAUCAAGAGAGUUCAGGAAACACUGAAGAGCUUAGUGCAGCUGGACUGAAUGGUUUUCACAUUGUUCUCACAUUGUUGUCUUAUAUGUACAGGUCCCGACAAAAGUUUACGGAACACGCGAGCGGUGUA